GCCGCCGGGCCCCCCACCCCGCCCACCAUGGCCACGCCCCACACUCUGGCGGCAGGGGCGCCCGCACCCAGGAAGGCCACCCUCACACACCCGGGGAAGGCGAUCCUGGCAGGCGACACGGAAAUCUGCAUCACCUUCCCCACCAAGCACGUGAAGACGCAGCUGCAGCUGGACGAGUGCUUGCACCCGCCGCGCUACGAGGGCAUCGGGGACUGCGUGCGGUGGACGGUCCACAACCAUGGCGUACCGGGCCUGUACCGCGGCCUCAUCUCCUUGCUCUACGGCUCCAUCCCAAAGGCGGCCGUCCGGUUCGGGAUGUUCGAGUUUCUCAGCAACCACAUGCGGGACGCCCAGGGACGGCUAGACAGCACACGCGGGCUGCUGUGCGGCCUGGGCGCCGGUGUGGCAGAUGCCAUGGUGGUCGUGUGCCCCAUGGAGACCAUCAAGGUGAAGUUAAUCCAUGACCAGACCUACCCCAGCCCCAAAUACAGAGGAUUCUUCCACGGGGUCAGGGAGAUCGUUUGGGAACAAGGGCUGAAAGGGACCUACCAGGGCAUCGUGGCCACUGUGCUGAAGCAGGGAUCCAACCAGGCCAUUCUCUUCUUUGUCGUGACCUCCUUGCACAACUGGUACCAAGGGGACAACCCCAACAAGCCCCUAUGAACCCUUCUGAUCGCUGGUGUGUUUGGUGCCAUCACAGGCACAGCCAGUGUCUGUGGUAACACUCUGGACGUGAUCAAGACCCGGAUGCAGGGCCUGGAGGCGCAUAAGUACCACACAACGUGGGGCCGCGGCCUGCAGAUCCUGAGGAACGAGGGCCCCAAGGCGUUCUACAAGGGCACCGUCCCCUGCCUGGGCCGGGUGUGCCUGGACGUGGACAUCGUGUUUGUCAUCUACGACGAGGUGGUGAAGCUGCUUAACAAAGUGUGGAAGACGGACUGA